AUGCUGCGAAAACAGCUCCUACGGCAAUCGCGUGCCAUUUCGCAGUCCAUCAAGAGCACUCCCACAUCAACAUCAGCAACGCCAUCUCUAUCACAAUCCCUCCUCCACCGAUCAGCACCAUUCUCCGGUGCAUCACUCGCCACCAAGACUCGAGUAGCCACACUACCAACAUACCAGUCGUCACAGAUCCUCGGGCGGAGAUGGCAGUCGACCGACUCGGCAACACAGACACCCGACGCUGCAGCCUCGGAGACGAAGUCUGAUGGGACAGCAGCAACCGAAGCACCAAAGGAGGAUCCUCUGAAAGUGGAGCUCGAAAAGAAGAACAAGGAGGUGAUCGACUUGAAGGACAAAUAUCUCCGCUCCGUGGCCGACUACCGCAACCUCCAGGAACGCACCAAGCGCGACAUGGAUUCCGCGAAGCAAUUCGCCAUCCAACGCUUCGCAACCGACCUCCUCGACAGCAUCGACAACCUAGACCGAGCACUGAUCUCCGUGCCCGCGGACUCGGUAUCGGCCUCGCCUCCCGCCUCCGCAACACCGGACCACAAAAAGGACCUGCUGAGUCUGUAUUCCGGCCUGAAGAUGACGGAGGAGAUCCUGCUGGGCACGCUGAAGAAGCAUGGCCUCGAGCGAUUCGAUCCGACGGAAGGCGAGGGACGGAAAUUCGACCCGAAUACCGAUGAGGCAACUUUCUUCACCAAGGUCGAGGGCAAGCAGGACGGUGAGGUGUUUUUCGUGCAGAGUAAGGGGUUCAAGUUGAAUGGGAGGGUUAUUCGCGCGGCGAAGGUGGGUGUCGUUAAGAACUCGUAA